CUUCCUCCCCACCCCCCAAUGCCUCCUCACUCCUAGCACCCCCUCCACUUCUCCACCACCACCAAUGACUCUCACUCUCUCUCUCUCUCUCCUCCUCACUCUCUCUCUCCUCCUCAUCUUCCACCACCACCACCAUGCCUCCGCCUCCUACGACGAAAUCCGCUCCCUCCUCGAGUUCAAGAAGGGCAUCAAAUCCGACCCCUCCAACCGAAUCUUCUCCACUUGGGUUUUUCCUUCCAACGCCUCUGCCUGCCCUGACGCCUUCCACGGCGUCGUUUGUGACCCUUCCACUUCCUCCGUCGUCGCCAUUGCCCUCGACAGACUCGGCCUUGUUGGCGACCUCAAAUUCAGCACUCUCAUUCCGUUGAAGUUCCUGCAGAAUCUAACCCUUGCCGGAAAUUCACUCUCCGGCCGGUUGGUCCCGACUCUUGGUGUGAUAUCAUCCCUCCAAGUCAUUGAUCUCUCAGGAAAUCAGUUCUACGGCCCAAUUCCUGCUCGCUUGACUGAUUUAUGGGCACUGCAUUUUGUUAAUUUGUCAAAUAAUAACUUCUCUGGGACUUUUCCGGAAGGAAUUAGGAAUUUGCAGCAGUUGAAAGUGUUGGAUUUGCAUUCGAAUCAGCUCCAGGGGAGUGUGGGGCAGCUGAUUCCUGAGCUGAGGAACGUGGAGUACUUGGAUUUGAGUGGAAACAAGUUUUUUGGGUCGAUGGACUUGAGCGUGGAGAAUGUUUCUAGUUUGGCUAAUACUGUGCAGUUCGUGAAUAUGAGAGGGAAUGAUCUGGGAGGCAGCCUUUGGGGGACCGAUGCGAUGAAGUUAUUCCGUAACUUGAGGGUUUUGGAUUUAGGUGACAAUGGGAUUGUUGGUGAGCUUCCAGAUUUUGGGCAGUUGCCAAAUCUUCAGGUCUUAAAGCUAGACAGUAAUCGGCUCUCUGGGUUGGUGCCAGGUGGGUUCUUGCAGGGGGAACUCCCACUGGUAGAGUUGGAUCUCAGUGGGAAUGAAUUAUCGGGUGUCAUUCCGGGAAUCAAUUCAACAACUUUGGGUACUCUGAAUCUUUCGUCAAACUCACUCUCCGGGCUCUUGCCGCCUUCAAUAGGAAAUUGUCGGAUUGUUGAUCUUAGCAGAAAUCUCCUAUCAGAUGAAAUCUCUGUUCUGACAAAUUGGAAUGCUGAUUUAGAAAUUUUAGAUUUGAGCUCCAACAGCUUGACUGGCAGCAUUCCGAAUCUGAUGCAGUUCCAAGGACUGACUGUGCUUAGUAUUAGAAACAAUUCCAUAGAAGGAAACUUGCCUUCUGCAUUGGGCUCCUUGCCAAAGCUCAAUACAGUUGAUCUUAGCUCCAACAGACUUGACGGUCCAAUCCCACAUAGCUUCUUUGCUUCAAUUACCUUAACAAAUUUGAAUUUGUCUACCAAUCGUUUGACUGGAGGAAUUCCUCUUGGAGGCUCACAUACUAGUGAGUUACUGGUUCUAUCAUCUGGUCCAGCAAUGGAGUCUCUAGAUCUUUCAAAUAAUUUGUUGGCGGGUGGAUUACCUUCUGAUAUAGGUAAUUGGGGGAGGCUGAAGUUGUUGAAUCUUGCUUACAAUAGUUUAUCUGGGCAGCUGCCAAUUGAGUUGAGCAGACUUAGUGUCCUUGAGUACCUUAAUUUGUCCCACAACUCCUUCAGUGGAAAUAUUCCUGACAAACUACCAUUGACACUGAAGUUCUUUGACGUGGCCUACAAUAACUUAUCAGGAAAGAUCCCAGAAAAUUUGAACUACUUUCCUGAUUCUUCAUUUUCUGGAAACAGCCUUGAACCCCGUCAUGGUUUUGCACCUGGUAAUCAUGUUCCUAAACAAAUUCAAGACAGGGUAAACCAUCAUAGGUCAAAAUCUAGUAUUAAAGUAGCCAUUAUUGUUGCAUCUGUUGGAGCUGCUGUGAUGAUUGCCUUUGUUAUAUUAGCUUAUCGUCGGGCUCGAUUUCACGAUUUCCAUGUCCGAAGAGGAUUUUGUGGCCAAACCCCCGGUAGAGAUAUCAAAGCAGGAAGGUUUGCUCGUACUUCCCUUUUCGGAUUCCAUACCAGCAUGGAGCCCCCUCCAACUUCGUUGAGCUUUUCUAAUGAUCAUUUGUUAACUUCAAACUCAAGAUCUUUGUCGGGCCAAAUGGGUUCUGGUACUGAAAUUUUUGGGAAUGUAUUGCCUGAGGGAGUGGCUGCUAGUGCUGCUUCCACAAAUCCUUCUGAACAAGAUAACCGCCCAACAACCUCUGGAAGGAAAUCGUCUCCCGGGUCUCCAAUAGUGUCCUCCCCCCGAUUCAUUGACACAUUAGAACCUGUUACUCUGGAUGUGUAUUCGCCAGAUAGAUUGGCAGGAGAGCUGUUCUUUGUAGAUACCUCUCUAGUAUUUACGGCUGAGGAGUUGUCUCGAGCUCCAGCAGAAGUACUUGGUAGAAGUAGUCAUGGCACUUUGUACAAAGCUACCCUAGAUAAUGGGCAUAUGCUGACUGUAAAAUGGUUGAGGGUUGGCUUGGUCAAACACAAGAAAGAAUUUGCAAAGGAAGUAAAAAAGAUUGGAUCAGUAAGACAUCAGAGUAUUGUACCUUUACGAGCUUAUUAUUGGGGGCCAAGAGAACAAGAGAGGCUUAUUCUGGCUGACUAUGUUGUGGGAGAUAGCUUGGCUUUACAUCUUUAUGAGACCACGCCUCGGCGGUACUCUCCCUUAUUAUUCAGCGAGAGGUUAAAAGUUGCUAGUGGUGUUGCUCAGGCUCUUAUGUUCCUUCACGACCGAGGCCUACCUCAUGGAAACCUAAAGCCGACAAAUGUACUAUUGGUGGGCACUGAGUACAAUGUUAAACUCACUGAUUAUGGUCUCCACCGUCUGAUGACCCCUGCAGGAAUUGCAGAGCAGAUACUUAACCUGGGGGCUCUUGGCUACCGUGCCCCAGAACUCGCUAGUUCAGCCAAACCCGUCCCUUCAUUUAAGGCUGAUGUAUAUGCAUUUGGUGUAAUCUUGAUGGAAUUAUUGACAAGAAGAAGUGCCGGCGACAUUAUCUCGGGCCAGUCAGGUGCCGUCGAUCUUACAGAUUGGGUACGGCUUUGUGAUCGAGAGGGACGGGGAAUGGAUUGCAUCGACAGAGACAUUGCUGGUGGAGAGGAACACUCCAAGGCGAUGGAUGACUUGCUUGCUGUAUCACUAAGGUGCAUUCUUCCUGUAAAUGAAAGGCCUAACAUCAGACAAGUCUGCGAGGAUAUCUGUUCGAUAUCUGUGUGAAAUUUUUGUACAUGUGUCUUGAAAUUAAUUCUUUUUUUUUUUUUAAUUUCUGUGACCUGUUUUCAUUUGUUUCUAUUUUUGGAAAUUUUUUUAAUUUCUUCCAUUUGCCUUGUAAUUUGGGCUGAUCUUCACAUAUGUUUAGUUCCUCCCCUUCAACUUUUGUGUAAAGGGAUGUUUAGUCCAUUAUUUAAUUGACGGGAAUACCCCCAUUUGCUGUAA